AUGGUUGAGGCCAAGGCUUCUGUGAAGGAUGGAAGCGAUGAUGAGAAAAAUCCCCGAGGGCUGGAACCGACCCUGGAUCAUCUGUAUGAAACGCAGAUAGGUGAGGGCCGCAUCCUCAGUGACGACGAUGCCACCAGAAUCCUGCCCUAUGAGGCGGAUGACUCGCCGUUCCCUGAGGUACGCGCCGUCGUGAGCCCGGUGGAUGAGGCGCAUUUGCCUGUGAACACGAUGCGCAUGUGGGUGAUUGGGAUUAUCUUCACAAUUGUCGGAGCCGGCCUCAAUCAGUUCUUCAGCUUGCGCCAGCCGAGUGUCACGAUCAGUGCCCUGGUGGCACAGCUGUUGGCAUUCCCCGUCGGGUGUGCCUGGGCGCGAUGGCUGCCAUUGGGGUGGUGGAAUCCCGACCACCACUUCAACAUCAAGGAGCAUGCGAUGAUCACCAUCAUGGCCAACGUGUCGUUUGGGUCGGCGGCGGCCACCCAGGUGAUCGAAGCCAUGGUCAAGUUCUACGGCAUGCCGUCGCAGGGUGGCUUUGAGAUCCUCCUCACCAUCACCACACAGAUGUUCGGGUUUGGGCUGGCGGGAGUGAUGUCCCGCUGGCUGGUGCGGCCGGCCACCAUGCUCUGGCCCCAGGUGCUGUCGAACGCGGCUCUGUUGGCGACGCUGCACUCGCGGAAGAACCUGGUCGCUGAUGGCUGGAUCAUCACGCGGCUGCGCUUCUUCCUGUUUGUCUUUGUCGGCGGCGCGAUCUGGUAUUUCGCCCCCGGUUAUCUCUUCACUGGUCUCAGCUACUUUACGUUUAUCUGCUGGAUCGUGCCGACGAACGUGGUGGUCAACCAGUUGUUCGGACAGCAGACUGGGCUGGGCAUGUCCGUGUUGACGUUUGACUGGGCACAGGUCGUGUACGCGAACCAGAGCCCGCUGCUGGUCCCGUUCUGGGCGGGGUUGAACGUGAUGGGGUCCUUCGCGCUCUUCUUCUGGCUGCUCUGCCCGAUCCUCUACUACACCAACACGUGGUACUCGGCCCACCUGCCCAUGCUCAAUCCGAACACGUUCGACAACACGGGCCAGUCGUACAACACCAGUCGGGUGAUGAACAACGACGGGACAGUGGACGCCAAGGCGUACCAGGAAUACUCGCCCAUGUUUCUCCCGGCGGGUUACGCGGUCACCUAUGGGGUGGCGUUUGCCAAUCUGACGGGCAUCUUCGUGCACGUCGCCCUGUAUCACGGGAAGGACCUCUGGCUGCAGUGGCAGGGGCGGGACAAGAAGGACGUCCACUCGCGGAUCAUGGAACGCUACCGCGACGUGCCGUGGUGGUGGUUCGCGGCGGUGAGCGUGCUGAUGUUUGUCCUCAGCAUCGUGACCAACGAGGUGUGGCAUACCGGCUUGCCGGCAUGGGGGGUGGUCAUCGCCUACAUCCUCCCUAUCAUCUAUUUCAUCCCGGUCGGCAUUAUCAAGGCCGUGACCAACAUCAGCAGCAAUCAACUCAACUUGAUCACCGAGUUUAUCGGGGGAUAUGCGUUCCUCGGGCGGCCCGUGGCCAACAUGGCGUUCAAAUUCUACGGAUACGUGGCCGUGUCGCAGGGCUUGGAAUUCGUCGCCGACAUGAAACUGGCUCACUACAUGCACAUUGCGCCGCGCACGUUGUUCUUCGCGCAGGGACUCGCCGUGCUGAUCGGGGCGAUCGUGCAAUGCGGCGUCGAGGUCUUCAUGAUCACCCGCAUUGACGGGAUAUGCACCCCCGAGGCCUCGGGGGGGUUCACCUGCCCGCACGGUCAAGUGACAUACUCGUCUUCUCUAAUUUGGGGUGCCCUCGGACCCGCGCGGAACUUCUCCCCCGGGCAGAUCUACGGCAACCUGCUGUGGUUCUUCCUCGCCGGUCCCGUCGUCAUUGUGAUUACCUAUCUGCUCGGGCGCAAGUGGAAGACCUUCAACUACGUGUCCUGGCCGGUCGCAUUUGGCGCCAUGAGUCUCGUUCCGCCAGCGACGGGGAUCAGUUUCUCGUCGUGGUGGGUGAUCAAUGUUAUUUUCAACGGCAUCAUCAAGCGCCGCAAGGCCGCGUGGUGGUCGAAGUACAACUACGUCCUUUCCGCCGCGCUGGAUUCUGGCGUCGCCGUCGCCACGGUCAUCAUCUUCUUCUGCAUCGUGCUCCCUGCGGGCCCGCUCAGCUGGUGGGGGAAUACCGUUUAUGGCAACACGGCUGAUGGGAUGGGGACGCCUUGGAAGGGACUGCCUGAGCAGGGAUAUUUUGGCCCUGCUAAGGGGACCUGGCAGUAGCUGGUCUAUUUUAAAAACCGGCACGGUGGAAGUGUCAAGGGUAUAUAUAGUCCUGGUGCACAUAUUGGUCGCGAGUAUAUAAUUUUCAUAGGGUGGUUUGUUGUCAGAUAAUCGUCGAGUCUACUGUUCUGAACGAGAUGCUGCAUUGAAAUCAU